GGAGACUCGGAGACGCUGCGCGCCGGAAAUAAUGUCCCAUUUAUCUCCCUGAGUUUAACUGGAGAAGGACUGCAAGAUGCUGCUGUUGACUUUGCUCCUGUGCUUCAGCCCUGCACUGGGCCAACUGGAGGAAUCCCAGUUUGGAGAUGACAUUGACUCCGACUUGGCAGACUUUGAUUUAGACAUUGCGCCACGCAGAGUCCCGCGGCAGGUGAAAACUAUACUGACCAAGGAGACUAAACCUCACAUCCAGGAACUCUCCAUCAAGACCACCAUCAUCUCCCGCUACGCCUUCACCGCGGUGUACUGCGCCAUGCUCAACCGGCACAACGCCGCCACCGAGGGCGUCUUCCAGUUUCAAAUCCCCGCUAACGCCUACGUCUCCAACUUCACCAUGAUCAUUGGAGGGCGCGUCUACCAGAGCGAGGUCAGACCGAAGGAAAAGAGGGUCAAGCAGGAGAACGGAAAACCCAAGAACAAAGAGUCAGGUGACGCAAGUCCUGAGCCAGAGGUGGAGGUGUUCAGGAUGGCGGCCAACAUCCCGGGCCGGAACCGGGCCGUCUUCCUGCUGACCUACGAGGAGCUUCUGCAGCGACGGCUGGGACGCUACGAACACGUGACCAGCCUGCGGCCAAUGCAGCUGGUCAGCCGCCUCAGCCUGGACGUCACCAUCGUCGACCACGCGGCCAUCACAGACCUCCAGGUGCUGCCGCUCCGCAACGGCAGGAGCACCGGUGCUUCCAACAGUGCAGCCAGAGCUAAUGCACCCAAGACACCAGAAAAGGCCGAGCCUCCCGUCACCACUGUGAUCAAAAACGAAAAGAACGUCUGCAAGAUCACCUUCAGCCCCAACAUCGUCCAACAGGCCAAGAUCACCACCAGCGGCCUCCUGGGAGACUUUGUGAUCCGCUACGAUGUGCAGAGAGACAUGGGGAUAGGAGACAUUCAGGUUUUAAACGGCCAUUUUGUCCACUACUUUGCCCCCAAAGACCUGCCUGUGGUGCCCAAGAAUGUGGUGUUUGUGAUCGACACCAGCGCCUCCAUGCUGGGGACUAAAAUCAGACAGACUAAAGACGCUCUGUUCACCAUUCUGAGGGAUCUGCGACCGGGCGAUCGCUUUAACUUCAUCAGCUUCUCCAACAGGAUCAAAGUUUGGCAGCCGAACCGUCUCGUUCCGGUGACGCCACUUACUAUCAGAGACGCCAAGAAGUUUAUUUACUUGCUGGCGACUACUGGAGGCACAAACAUCGAUGGCGCCAUCCAGACUGGCUCCUCUCUGCUUCGUGAUUACCUCUCAGGCCCCGACGCCAGCCCGAACAGCGUCUCGCUCAUUAUUUUCCUGACGGACGGACGGCCCACGGUCGGGGAGAUCCAGUCCACUGCGAUCCUGGGGAACACUCGCUCAGCCGCGCAGGAGAAGUUCUGCAUCUUCACCAUCGGGAUUGGAAAUGACGUGGACUACCGGCUGCUGGAGCGCAUGGCUCUGGAAAACUGUGGGAUGAUGAGGCGCAUCCACGAAGAGGCCGACGCAAGCGCUAUGCUGAAGGGGUUCUACGAUGAGAUAGGAACUCCUCUGCUGUCUGACAUAAGGAUCAACUACACCGAGGACUCGGUCCAGUACGUCACUCAGCAUCUCUUCACCAACUACUUCAACGGCUCUGAGAUCGUCAUCGCCGGCAAGCUGACCAACCAAAGCGCAGAAUCGCUCCACGUCCAGGUUACAGCCAGCAACAACGACAAGAGCAUCAUCCUGGAGACGGAUGUUCCACUGCGGCACCGACAAAUAGAGACUGAGAAACAUGUGAAAGCAGCUACAGCAGCAAUGGCGGCUGGAGCUAAGGCUCCAGGGUCAGGGGUCACACAGGGAUUAGGAGUUGCUUUGGGUUCAAUAGCGGAAGAUUUUGUGGAACGUGUCUGGGGUUUCCUGAGCAUCAAGGAGGGGAUACGAUCGCGCCUGCGCGUUCAAACCAGCAAGGAGAGGGAAGGCCACAUCCAGCAGGCCACCAAUCUGUCUCUGUCCUACCACUUCCUCACUCCCCUCACAAACCUGGUGGUGGAGAAGCCUGAGGUCCUGGCUGACGGCACCAUGGCCCCGGCACCCACAGUCGGCCCAGCAGCCGGUGAGGCUGUCUCAACUGCCAAUGAGCUGCCAGGUGACACAGAGGACGGAAAGCCACAGAAACCCAGCGGGAAACUCGGCAGCCAGACGUCAUCUCUGAGAAACACGAUUGGUAAAGCCAAGAGGAGACCGGCCAAGAAAUCCAUCACCAUCUCCAAAACAUCAGCGGACGGCGACCCCCACUUCGUGGUGGAGUUCCCGCUCAGUAAACUGACCGUGUGCUUCAACAUCAACGGAGAGCCCGGCCACAUCCUGCGUCUGGUCUCUGACCACAAGUACUCCGGUGUGACGGUGAACGGGAAGCUAAUCGGCGCCCCGGCUCCGCCAGGCAGCCACAAGCAGCAGCGUACCUACUUCAGCACCAUCACCAUCGUGGUGGACCACCCCAAGCGUGCCUACAUCGAGGUGACGCCAAAGAAAGUCAUCCUGGACGGGCGGGACAGAAUGGUGCUGCCCUGCCACUCCACAGUCUCCGUGGACAGCGGCGCUCUGUCAGUGUCCAUCGUGGGAAAGUCGAACGUGACCGUGACGGUCGGGGGAAACAUCAGCUUUGUGAUCCUGCUGCAUCAGUACAAGAAUCCUGCCCCCUACCAGAGAGACCAUCUGGGGUUCUACAUCGGACACAGCAAGGGGCUGUCGCACAACUGCCAUGGCCUGCUGGGUCAGUUCCUGUAUGAGGAAGUGGGACUGGCCGAGCUUCCCGCACAAGCAGACAUGAGACCUUCGCCCGUCCUGAAGGUGAAGGACCGAUCGGUGCCGGUGGUUCAGAAGAGCAGGAGGAUCUACAGCGGGACCCAGAGCGUGGACUGCUGGUUCGCCCGCAACAACGCAGCCAAGCUGAUCGACGGACAGUACGAGGACUAUGUGAUGUCGCACAUGUUCGACACGGCGGAUUGGCCGCACGGGACCAACAGAGUGUGAGACGCUGCAGCUGUGGCUUGUAUUCCACCUAACUCACUGUACUCUGUAUCCACAUCACACCCCAACAGAUUCAAAGCAUUUCCAAAAGCCAAACCUUCACAUUUCAGUUUUCUUUCUACCUGCAGCCUCUUUUGAAUAUAUUUUUUUACUAUUUCUAAUGAAAAUUUAAUGUUUUUUUUAUUAUAUUGUGUGGAUGUUUUGCAGUAAUGUUGUAAUUGUAAAUAAAACACUU